ACAGGUGUGAGUGUCGGCGGGAAAGACUAGACAUCAGGCUACACACAAGGCUACAAACAAGGAGGAAGUGUGUUGUCCUUGCGACAGGUAGUUGUCGCCGUGUUGUCCACAAACAGUUGCUCACUCCACCUGCGCCUGGCUGUACAUGUGUACAGGUAACACUCACCUGUGUGACGUCACAACUGUGACUAUUAAAAGCUUCUCAUGUACCACACAUACCCAUAAACAUUUCAGCGAAGACAAUAAUGUGAUACCCUGUGUAGUAUACAGCGGGGCUACACGUACCUGUGUGAUGUCACAGUCGGGGUACACAGUCAUCAGGGUGUAGGUAUUGCCUACAGGCACAAAACCUUUACAAUGGGCGGUGUGUGUGUGUCUCUAGAGGGCUGACAGGUGUACCCGCGCCCCCCAAACCACCAGAUCCGUGUUGGGAUCAUAAACUUCUGACAGUCAGGGCCGAGGACAGACCCGGGGUAGAGGUUCUCUGCUCAGCUCCGAGUCCAGUUAACAAGUUUAUCACACCAGUUUCAGGAGCUCGUCGUGCUGGGUGUAUGUGUUUGCUGUCGUCAGUACUGUGAUUUAAAAGGAGUGAUCGACGGCUAGGGAAACAAACAAACAGGAUGUGAUGCCCCGACAUCUUGGACCUGAGGAUGCUACCCGGGGUGAGGUUCCUCCUGACCCUUGCUGUGUGGUCCCUCCACUGGGGCCUGGUGGACUGCAUUAGUCUGUACACGAGACACGAGAGCCAGGGGCUGGAGCAUGUUCGCUAUGAGAACGGGACGGUGACCUGGGGUUCACUGUAUCAACCCGUGGUUGAGAGCAAGUCAGAGGUUGAGGUGUCCUCAGCAUGGAAAGUAACCGUGGACUUUGCUGUUGCUGUUGUGGACAGUGUCCAGACCCACAGCUUUCCCUACGAUCUCUUAAGGAGGGUCAUACGGAACACGUACACAGAGAAGGAGGUGCUGGGCUACCAGACCAACGUGGUGGUGGUGACAGGCCUGGGGGCGCUGCUAGCGGUGGUUAUUUUGUUGUCGUUGAUGAUCUACAUCGGCUUCAAAUGGCGACGACGAGGAAAGGACGCCUUGCUGUUCCACUUCCCGCCUCUCACACCUCUCAGAGGCAGACUGCUCAUAGUCUUUGGUGCUGUCUUCAUGGCCGUGGACCUAGGACUGCUGAUAUCAGCUCUGGCUGCCAGCGGCCAUUCCAUGAAGGGAGCCUUGCAGUUGGACGACUCGGUGUCCGAUGCCAUGGACGAGGUCACCGACUACUUUCAGCAGCUGCACGAGCAAUAUAACUUCAUCACUGUCAACGCCAGUCAUUGGCUGAUCCAGGAAGUGAUGGUUCCAGAUGUAGGAGAUGUGGGGACGCUGGUGUGGGACACAGGGCGGGGGGAGCUCCUCCCUCUCAUCAACACCACCCUGGCUGCCGUCUCAGACCUUGACUCGAAGGUGACCGAGGCCUUGACCCUGCUAACCUCCCUGGACUCCGGCAUGUCAGCGGCGCUGAACAGUUUUGCAGACGACCUCACCAUGGUGCUGACCAAGGUCUACUAUAACCUGACGACUGCUGUCAAAGACUACACCUGUCGAGGCUGUGACGGAUCGUGUAGCGGCUGCUCACCUAUUCUUCCCAAAGACAUCUUCCUGAACGUAGAUUUCCGAAAGUUACCAAAUAUCACAAGCAACAUCGCCGGCCUGAAAGCAUUAUCCCAGAAUAAAGUGGCUGGAUCCAUGCAAAGUCCAGAAUAUUUCUUUACUUUCGGCAUCGGACAAGCAAUCACGAGGAAGCCCAACGUCACUGUGGCGAGAAAAGAACUGACCGAUGCGCUGCUGGCCUACGCAUACGCGUGGGGAAACGCUACGAGCAGCAUCAUCUUCCCGAACGAAUCGUCAUUUUUCUUCGACACACUGAAGCCCAAACUUCAGGAGUUUGCGAAAGAUGUAGAAGCCAGGGAAAUAGCACGCUUCACAUUCGUUCUGAUAUUCUGUCUGAUUACACUGGGCUGCAUGGGAGUGACUGUCGCCGCCAUCGUCAUAGCUGUCAGCAAAGGAAUGCUACGAAAGGUCAACCCUGAUGUCGAGGUGUUGCAACGCCCUCAGAAACUUUUGGGCUGGUGUGUCGUCAUCCAGGUGUUGAUGGCCUCGGCCCUGACAGCCAUGGCGGCGGCGGGAUUCUAUGCCGGGGCCAAUCUGCAGACGUCCGUGUGUCAGCCGGCUGCCGACAUGCAGCACGUGCAGCAGGUGGUUGACUAUCCAGAUGCUAUUCCUGGUCAUUCUGGUUAUUAUCUCAGCUCGGUGUUGCUAGGCAACGGGUCAGACGCCCCUCUUCUGCUGAGCAAUGUUCUGAAAGCUUGUAGUGAUGGCUCCGGCGCCUACUCUACCCUCAUGCACAAUGUCAGCGCACCGUGGCUCCAGCAGGACCUCAGGGACUUUUCCCAGCACUUCAGACAAGGAGACGCCAUGUUCGACCUCAUGCGGGUGGACAUACAUGACGUGUCUCUGGUGCCUCCCUUGUUUUCUUCCUGGAUUGAGAAUUUUACUGCUUUCACUGACUUCAACUACACACAGUAUGACACUAUGCUGACAGGCAGUGUGAUCCAGGCAGACGUGGAGAAGUUCGCUGCCAAUCUGAUGGUUAUCCACAACACCAACUUCCCAGACGGUCCAGUCGAUCCAUCAAAGCUUCAACUGCGCAUCGCUGCCGAGCAGUUACUGGCACAGAAGGACCGCCUCAUGGCUUUAAAAACUACAAAGGACAACCUGGCCGUUAUUUUUGCCAACUUCACAUCACUUGUGUCCCAAAUCAAGGCGACUGUCAACCUGACGGUGGAGAGACUGAAGGCCGCUGAGCCCUCUGUGUACGCCAAUGCCACGGAUGCAAUCAGCAGGGGAGUCAGCGAGUACAAGAACAACGUGUACACCGUCUUGGAGGAGGCUGGAAACCAGACCUGGGAGUGGGUGAACAGAGCGGGCAGGUGCUCGCAGGUGAGUGACGCCUACCGCCAGGUACAAACCAGCUUCUGUGACCAGCACUCCGACUACCAGAAUGCAUCCUGGCUGCUGCUGGGGAUCUCCGCCUUCCUGCUGCUGGUGUGGACAGCCCUGUCCUUCAGCAUCUACAAAGCCCUGGAGGACAAGAGCCAUAGACGUGAAGACCAUGAGCGAAUUCUCAGAAGAUAUCAGGGCUCAACCCAAAGCGUCAACACCAGACCUUUCCAGGAGCCUCCGGCUGACUACGAGGAUGGAUCAGACGAUGAUCUCGACGACAACAUUCUUGCUCUUGACUACCACAGAAAGUCCAUGCAGUCACAACACAGGCCUUCCUUGAUCAUACAGGUGGAACCCGCCAUCGACUAUGGAGAACCAGGACAACAGAGUCAGGAGCCUGUCAGCCCGACCUCCCAUCUCCACCCACUGCGCCAUCGUGAACAGCCGUAUCGAGCGGACAUCUUUGUCACACAAUGGCCGCCGUCUGAUGCUGCUUCAUAUGACGAUAUGACAAUAUAAGGCUGUACAAUGACUAAUACACUCGGACCUCGAUAAGUCGACCUUCCCUAAGUCGAACACCUCCCUAUAUUGAAUUGUGUGAAUCUUUUGUAAAAUCUGUAAUUUUAUUUUCUUCAUUCCUUCUCAUUUUUUCACAUUUAAAAAUAUAUAUUAAUUGAUAUUUGCUGGUGUUAUAUAUUUUGAAAUCAUAAACGGAUGUUUUGGUCAGGAUAUCGUCAACAGUCCUCCUCCUUCUCUCCCUUUCUCUCAGUCCGCAGCCUUCUGUCUUCUACAGGCUGUUUAUUGAAUUCUUCAAGAUUCUCUUUAAGCUACUAUGUUCAGCAAAAGUGGGACUAUAUUUAUCUUUUUAUAUAUUAUGUUAAUCACUAAUUGAAGUGCUAAAAUUAAAUAUUUGUAUAAACUCGUUUUUCAUUUCC